AUGAGUCAAAGUGUUGAAGUGGGAAAUAUUAACCAAAUCCUUGUCAUUGGCAAAAAUAGUUUUUUAAGUAUUAACUCAACUACUGUAACACUAUGGGAUAGUAAUACUGCUCAAAGUCUUAAAACUAUUAUGAUUCCACCUGGAAUUACUAUCGUCCAAGCGGUAAGUGUUUCCCUAGAAAAUGAAUUUUCAUUAUAUGUCUUAACAUCAAGUAAAACAAUCAUUCAAUUUACUAAACCUACAUUUGAUUACUCAAAAGCUAAAGUUUAUCAAAGCAAUUCUCCAAUUACUAAAAUAGCUGUUAUUGAUAUUGACACAUGUUUAAUAUCCAAACAAAAUGAGAUUGGUACUGUUAAUUUUAAUAAAGAAGUUGUUGAGUACACUGAGUUAUUUAAAUUAAAAGAAGAAGUUACAGCAUUAUUAUACUCAUCACCAAAUAUCUAUUUAGCAACAAAACUUGAAUUAUUUGUUUAUUCAAUAGAAGGAAAAGAAAUAAAACAGAUGGACUUUAAUAAAAAUGAAAUCAAACAAAUUAUAUCAGGACUAAAGAAAAUUUUUGUGAUUUGUGAU